GUGUUCCACCUUUCCUCUGCUCUACUCUACUUAAGAAACUCCACUGCUACUUAUUUCCUCAUUUUCCACUGUUCACGUUCAUUCUCACGCCUGAUAAUCUCGCCGCCGGCGUCGGAGCUCCGGCGACCUAGUAGCGAACGCCGACUUAGCAAGUUUUUUGCAGUUCACGGAAACAUGGAUGUUUGUUUGAGAGCUGUGUCGGAGCUAGCAAUCAUAGCAAUAGCUAAGCCUCUUUUAGGGAAUGAAGGGGAUGUACAGAGAUGGAAAGCUAGCUGGGUAGCAGGCUUUGCGACGUAUUUCAUUGUCUGUCACUCUAUUAAGAUCUGUGUGGGAAUGAAAAGAGAUCAAGUUGCUCUAAGAAACAAAACAGAAGUUUGUGCUUUCAUACUAAAAUAUAUUUUGCAGUUUCUGGUCCCUCUCUCACAUUCUUCACUAGCAUAUGCUUAUCUCACCGGGAUUGAGACAAAAAAUCAUCACAUGGAAGAUGAUUGGAAAAUGGUUGCAUUGGGUAUAAGAGUACUCACUCUUGUAGUAGGAAGUUUGUUAGCACUCAUGGGUGCUUGCAAGAUAUGUUAUUCAGCAGCUAAUGAGCAGUAUCAGAUAACUGCUAUUCAAACAAAUGUGGAGAAUGUAUCAGGACUCGGACAGUGGGAUGUGGAGAAUCAAUCAUUUGCCCCGGAAGAGAUACAAAUGGAUGUGGACGAUGACUCAUACCCAGAUACAUUUUUAUCACACUCGGAUGUCGAGACUCAGUUACUUGCAGAUGCAAAUGUAUCGGAAGAGCCACAGAUGUAUGAGGAGAAUCAAUCAUUUUCAAUGGAAGAGAUACCAUUGGAUGUGGAUGAUCACUCAUAUCCUGAUGCAUGUUUAUGGGACUCGUUGGAGGGUGUGGAGAAUCAUUCACAAUCAAAUGCAAAUGUAUUGGAGGAGACACAGAGGAAUAUGGAGAAUCAAUCAUUUGCACAGGAAGAUACACGAUUCGAUGUGGAGGACCACUCAUAUCCAGAUGCAUGUUUAUCGGACUGGUUAGAAUGUGCUGUGGAGAAUCCAUCACUUGCAGAUGCAAAUGUAUCAGAAGAGGUGCAGAGGGAUGGAGAGGAUCAAUAUAUUGCAAGUGAAACUGUAUCAGAAAAGGUGCAGAGGGAUGUUGAGAGCCGACCAUAUUUUAUGGAUCUGAAAGAAUGGCCUGAGUGUCUUCCAUCUACAUCAGAAUCUACACCAGAUGUGAUGGAAUUCGUGAAUCUAUGGGAAUGGGAUAGAAAUGGAUUUACAGAUACAAAUGAUCUGAAAUUGUUACUCUGGGAUGUGGAUAAGCAAUUUUAUGCAGAUGCAACUGUAAUAGAAGAGGAACAGAGAUAUGGGGAACAAUUCAUUAGCAGAUGCAAAUGUAAUGGUACAAAUGACGGAGGAUCAAUUACUUGGAGAUGCAAAUGUAUUGCUAAUGCAGAUGUAUUGGAGCAGCUUUCCUGACAGGAAUAAAGUAUGUCCGUCUUAAUUUUCGAAUAGAGUUGAAAUUGGGGAUACAUAGCUGCUUUAGUUUAUUUAUCUAUGACUUGCUUGUUUUUUGUGUAUUAAGUGUUUUGCUUUCAUCGUCUUCAUUAAAGAUAUUGCUUAUAUAGAUACCAUUGCAAGGAAUAUAUACGUCUUAUAUGUAAACCUGUGAUGUUUGACUUCAUCAUCAACGAUAGAUGUUAUGGUUACUUACUUCUUA